AUGAACCCCAAGAUCUCAGAUUUUGGAUUGGCGAGAAUAUUUGAAAUAAACCAAACCGAAGGAAAUACUAGGAAGGUCGUGGGAACAUUGUAAGUUAUAAUCGAAUCCCGAAUCUUCUAUCGUUUGAUCAUCUCAUCGUUACCGAUUUUGCUUCCGUCGGCCUGUGUGUGCAGUGGAUAUAUGUCGCCGGAGUACGCGAUAGACGGCGUCUUCUCUGAGAAAUCCGAUGUCUUCAGCUUUGGCGUGAUCGUAUUGGAGGUCAUCCCUGGGAAGAGAAGCACGGGUUAUUAUCCAUGCAGGGAGUCGCUGAAUCUUCUUGGAUAUGUGAGUUCGAGCGAUUUGCUGUGCUGCUAGAUGAGAUUCAGUCCAAGGGAGUGGUUGCGGAAUAAUAUUUUCUGCGGAUUUCUCUUUGAAUGUUUCCCAUUCCCUUACAAUUAAUAUGCUCGUGAGUCAAUGGUGCAGGUGUGGAAACUGUGGAAAGAAGGCAAGGCCGUGGAACUUCUUGACCCGGCAAUUGGGAGCUCAUUCCAGGCCGACGAAGUGCUGAAGUGUAUCCAAGUAGGGUUACUGUGCAUCGAGGAAAAUUCGGUGGACAGACCUACCAUGAAUUCUGUCAUCUCCAUGCUGACAAGUAAAAACUGUGUGUUACCACUGCCGAAGAAACCUAGUCUUUCGUUUGGAAUAAAUCUCAGGGCCUGCGCUGACAGAUCACAGAGAUCAACCAUUAUUGAGUUCACCAAGAGUACUUUGGAAGUACGCUGA